AUGGUUGGAGGAUGGCUCCAUCCAGCCAUCCCCUCCCUGACCUCUCCUCCUCCUCCUCUUACUCCUGGCAGGUUGAGCAGUCUGUCUUCCCUGGGUGACUCCUCUUCGGAGCGCAGGUCCCCCGGCCACCACCGCCAGCCCUCUGACUCCUCCGAAACCACAGGUCUGGUCCAACGUUGCGUCAUCAUCCAGAAGGACCAACAUGGCUUCGGCUUCACCGUCAGCGGGGACCGCGUCGUCCUGGUGCAGUCGGUGCGACCAGGUGAGGGGGGGGGGGGACAGGAGACACCUCGGGGAUCCCCCCCCUCACCCCCCCAAAGCCACAUCCCGUGGGAGAAAAGGUGGGAGAAAGGGGGUUUCCUUCCUGGAGUCUCGUUACGGCAUCGGCCAAGGGUGAACGGCACGAUGGUGACCAACAGCUCUCACCUGGAGGUGGUGAAGUUAAUCAAGUGUGAACGGCACGAUGGUGACCAACAGCUCUCACCUGGAGGUGGUGAAGUUAAUCAACGUUUCUACGAGGCCUACAGCAGGAACCCCGCCAGCACCGUGGAGGAGCAGAUUGAGGGGGCGCGUCGGAGGGUCAGCCAACUCCAGCUCAAAAUCCUCCAGGAGACCGGUGGCUCCAUGGACUCGGGGCGGUUGUGGAGCGACUCCGGUCUCAGGGUGGUGGAAGGACGCCUCUCCAUGGACUCGCAGGACGGGGACAGCGGGUUGGAGUCGGGGACGGAGCGGUUCCCCUCCGUGAGCGAGAUCUCCCUCAACCGCAACUCCGUCCUCUCCGACCACGGCCUGGACAGUCCCCGGACCUCCCCGGUCAUCACCGCCCGCCUCUUCCAGCACCAUCGCCGACAGGGCUCCGACACCCCCUUCGCCCCCGCGGCCGAGCAGGGGUCGGACCGGCCGGGGCGACCUCUCAUCAUCGGCCCGGAGGAGGAUUGUGACCCGGGAGAUUUCAAUGGGGGGGAGGGGGCCUUCCUCUUCCUCCUCUUCUUCCGCGGGCGCCGCCUCACCCAGCCCUUUAUCUCUCGGCUUCUAAACCUUCCUCUUCCUCCUCCUCCCCUCUCUCCGCAGCUCUUCUACCUCUGCGCCGAGGUUUGCCAGCAGGUGCCCCCCAAGGACUCCCGGGGCCUGGGCAGGGACAUCUGGAACAUCUUCUUGGACCGGAGCGCGCCUCUCCGGGUGAAGGUGGCCGAGCAGCUCCUGGCUGAGAUCGAGACUCGCCUGCGGAACGGGGACGAUGUCCGCGCCGCCCUCUUUGAAGCUCAGGAGAUGGUGAUGCCCGAGAUCCAGGAGCAGAUCCAGGACUACAGAACGAAGCGCACCAUGGGCCUGGGGAGCCUCUACGGGGAGAACGACCUCCUGGACUUGGAUGGGGACCCCCAGAAGGAACGGCAAGUGGCCGAGAAGCAGCUGGCCCAGCUGGGUGACAUCCUGUCAAAAUACGAGGAGGACAGGAGCUCCCCCAUGGCCUUUGCCCUCAGCACCUACAUGAACCACACGGGCAUCCGCAGCCGCGAGCCCCGGGUGGCCGGCACCAGUGAGAAGUCACAAGCCCUCCCAGACAAGGACAAGUGGUUGCCCUUCUUCCCCAAGACCAAGAAGAGCAGCAGCACCAAGAAGGACAAGGAGGCCAUGGAAGACAAGAAACGCAACCCCAUCCUCAAAUACAUCGGGAAACCCAAAAUCUCCUCCCAGAGCACAUUUCAUGUCCCUUUGUCCCCCGUUGAAGUCAAACCGGGCAACGUGAGGAACAUCAUCCAACACUUUGAGAACAACCAACAUCAGGAGAGCCAAGAACCCGGCGCCCAACGUCUCUCCACCGGGAGCUUCCCCGAGGAUCUGCUGGAGUCGGACAGCUCCCGAGCCGAGGUGAGGCUGGGCCGCUCCGAGAGUCUCAAAGGUCGGGAAGAGAUGAAAAAAUCCCGGAAAGCCGAAAACGUGCCCCGGUCCCGCAGCGACGUGGACAUGGACGCGGCGGCCGAGGCCACCAGGCUCCACCAGUCGGCGUCUUCUUCUGCCUCCAGCCUCUCCACAAGGUGGGAGAUGCCUCCUCCCCCCGG